AUGCUUCACUUCACCUCGUUGUUUAGGGCUCGAGCCAUCAUCAAACGACGCACUCCACAAUUGUGGGGAGCUCCUGGUGCACCCAUCAUCCGCAUGCGUGGCCACCAUGUUGUGUGGAAGUUUCAGUCUUAUGAUCUUUUUGUAGAGCACACCCACAAGCGUCGCAACUCGGAUGCCCGUUUGCUGCACUACCUCGGCAAGCACUGUCCGCACCCACAGAAGUCUCUGUGGUCACCCGACACCCCAGUCGCGCAAGACAGACACUUGUUCAUGUUGACCACCGUUGACGUGGAUGCGUUCAAGUACUGGUUUGGCGUGAAACGGUGUCGGUUGUCCAUGCGACCAUGGGCCCUGCUCGCAAAGGCCGGCCUGUUGCCACCGUCACUGCGGCAAAACUCUAAGAUUAUGCCAAAGCCUAUUUUUGACAAGGAGCAGCUUAUGCGGUACUAUCUUGCCAACCGGAAAGAAGAGGCCACGAUCGAACGAGAGGAUUACUUGAACUACAAGAAUAGUCUGGUGAAGUCCGAGGAGGAGCGAGCAGCGGAAAGGCCAGUGGCACCGUAUCUUUAA